CUGACUUUGCAAAAUAAGGCCUUUCGCCAAAAUAUAUAGAUUUAGACAAGACGGGAAAAGCAGAACUGCUAAGUACGGUAUUACGGUAUUGACACCGUUAGUAAAAUGAGGCUAGUUCUCUGUUUGUACAUCGUGUUGGCAGUGCUUUACAUUCCUGUCCAAGGUGAUCACCAUGACCAAAACGAUGGGUCCCAUGAAGAAGUGCAUGGACAAGGCCGUGACAUUCUGAACAUCUAUCAUAAGAAUGCCAACUUUGCCUUCCAUCUGUACCAACAAAUUGCCAGUCAGUCUGACUCCCAAUCGAAGAACAUCUUCUUCUCCCCACUGAGUGUGUCACUGGCCCUGGCUGCUCUUUCUCUGGGAGCAAAGGGCGAAACACACCGGCAGCUCUUCAGAGGCCUCGGCUUCAAUGAAACAGAAAUCACUGUGGAGGAGGUGAACGAGGCCUUCCACCAGAUCCUCUUAGACCUCAAUAAGAAGGCAGAUGUAGAUCUUUCAGUGGGCAGCGCUCUUUUUAUGAAUGACACCUUCAAGCCUCGGCCGGAAUUUCUGGAGAACAUGAAGCGUUACUACCACUCAGAAGCUUUUACAGCAGAUUUCACCAAGACCACUGAGACCAGAGAUCUUAUUAACAAACAUGUAAAAGAUAAAACUCAUGGCAAAAUUCCUGAACUGGUUAAAAAUAUGGAUACGAGUACAGUGAUGUACCUGAUCAGCUACAUAUAUUUCAAAGGUAAAUGGGAGUUUCCAUUUAGUACUCAUGAAACCACGGAAGAUAUUUUUCAUGUUGAUGAAAAAACAAGAGUUGCUGUUAAAAUGAUGUCUCAGAAACGAUAUUUUAACAUCUACUACGACCAAGAGUUGUCUACUGAUAUUCUAGAGCUGCAUUAUGGAAAAUCUGUUUCCAUGAUGCUGGUCCUUCCUCGGAAGGGACUAAAGGCAUUAGAAGAUGUUUUAGACAAGUCACAAGUGGCAAAAUGGCACAAAUGGAUGAAGAAAAUGGAAUGCCAAGUGUUCAUUCCAAAAUUUUCUAUUUCAACAUCUUAUUCUCUUCAAGAGAUAUUGACUAAAAUGGGAAUCACUGACAUUUUCGGUGAAAGAGCUAACUUUACAGGAAUAUCAGAGGAAGAAACACUCUCAGUCUCCAAGAUUAUUCACAGGGCUACUUUAGAUAUCGAUGAAACUGGAACUAUGGGAUCUGCAGUGACACACAUUUUGCUAAAACCGCUUUCAUUCAGCUCAUCUCUCACAAUGAAAUUUAAUCAUCCUUUUAUGGUCAUCAUAUAUGAACAGGAUGUUAAAAGUAUUCUCUUCAUGGGAAAAAUUGUGAAUCCAAUGGACUCAUAGUGUCCUGUGUUUACUGUUUUAAUUACAAAUGUCACCAUUAAACUGUGAACCAAGAAA